ACUGUAGUCGACUCCCACUCGCCGGGCAACACAGACGGGGCAUUAUGUGGACGAGUACCAGCUGGUACCACGGGCUCCUCAUCCUCCUCUGGGACUUCAUUUGUUUAGUGCGUCUGAAAUCAGGACAUGGAACUGAAAUCGAAGAGCAAACCUGUGAACGUUCUCCUCGGAUGCAUCGUUGUCGUCGUCUGCUUUUGUACAGUUUGUCCGGCUGAAAGACUCUGCACGGUUCCUCCGGGCCCUGUGGCGGUGCCAGAAAACAACACGGCCGACGUCGAGGUGGUAAAAAUCCUCUCCGGGAGUGAUGUGACGCUGACCGUUACCGUCAACCCUGAAGACCUGUUCUACCUGAAAGGGAACGCCUUGAUGGUAAAGAAAGGACUCGACUAUGAGUCGUUCCACAGUGCAGCUCUGGUGGUGUGGGUGCAGUGCAGCAGAGACGGCUCCAAAUCCGUGAGCGAGUCUGUUGAAGUUCUGGUUGAAAACGUGAACGAUAACCCUCCAAACUUUGCACAAAGCCACUACGUACUGGACGUGAAUGAGCUCCUUCCUGUCAACUCCAGCGUGGGACUGAUAGAAGCAUCAGAUGUUGAUUCAGAGCCGCUGUACUAUCGCUUAGAGCCCGCAACAGACAAAUAUUUCCGCCUAGAAAACAUCAACACCCCAAAGAUAAUUGUGAAAAGCAUCCUGGACUACGAUGUUGUUCAGAAGAUCUCUCUGGUUCUCCACGUGCAGGACACGCUGGAGGGUUCGGCCUCCGACAAGCCCUUCUUCACAUCCGUGGCCACCAUCACGGUGCACGUGAAGGACGUUGACAACAGGCCUCCGUGGUUUCAGCCAUGUCUGAGGACCAACUUGGGAAUCGCCAAACUGUGUGUGAGCACCGGCUACAGAGGCAAAGUCAACCUCACCGAGAAGGAGGAAGGGCCGUUGUUGCUGGAGCCCGGACCAGUGUUCGCCAAGGACGGAGACAAGAACCGGAGCGAGCAGAUCAGCUACCGAAUCCUCCGAGGGAAUGAGGGAAAUAUAUUCCAGAUUGAUGAGGAAACGGGGAACAUCUCCAUGGCUAAGGCUGCUGAUAUUGUCGGCCCAAUAACUCUCACUGUUCUGGCGUCACAGGUGACCAACAGGGAUCAGUUCGCGGUGACGCAGGUGACCAUCAACGUGAUGAAGAAGAGCAGGAACCCUCCUCGCUUUGAGAGGGAGCGAUACGAAGGAUUUAUCUACAGCAACUCGAUCCCUGAGAGCAUGAUUCUCCGAGACCGAAGCACCAACCGGCCCUUCAGGGUCCGGGCUCAGGACGAGGACUUUGCCGCCGGUGCAAAUCCAGAUGUGAAGUAUGAGGUUCAGUACAGCAGCUAUGUCAACGUCACCUCGGACGGGUUUGUGAUCCUGAAGAGAGUCGUUAAGACGGAGUCUUUCGCGCUUCAGCUCAGAGCCGUGGACACGUCAACGGGGGAGUUUGGAACAGCUGCCCUCUCUGUUCAGGUCAUCCCAGCCGUGGCCAUCCCUUCCCCCUCAAACGUCGGCUAUCGUCCUGGCGACAUGGCGCUUCUGGGUCUGGUCAUGGCGGCUCUGCUGGUCCUCUGCCUCAUUGUGAUUGGCUUCUUGAUUUCCCGCUUGUGGAAGGGAAAUGCCAGCAUGGACAAAAUAUGUGAGUGCCUGGGCCCCUGUCUGAAGUCGGACCAGCCGCGGUCCGGCCACAGGGACUCCCUGCAGUACACCAACGAUGGCUUCCAGAAUGAGGGCGACGCGAGCCGCGGGGGCGGCAGACGCUGGACCAACGUUCUCCCCAGACGGAGCACCUUCCCCCAGGCACAAGGCCGGAUCAUCCCCAUGGAGAGGCGGAACCGCCACUGCUCCUCCUGUGGCGUCUACACCAACCACGUCCCCAAGGGGAGCCCCUCGGUGAGACCGUCCCGGAAGGGCAGAGGCAACGGGGACGAGUACAGCCGGAGGUCCAUCCUGGCCAAGCAGAGGAGGAAAGAGGGCCAGAAGACGGUGUGGUUCAAGGAGAUCGAGGACUCGUCUGACAUCGAGGUGGAGAUUAUCCCAGACACUGUAGGUCGGGUGGAGGAGGAGACGGAGGAGGAGCUGGAUAUGGAGGGGGUUGUCAGAGACCCGGCUGCCCCUCUGAGAGAGUCCGACGGAGGGCAGGAGAGCCAAAGCGCGGAGCCUAGUGAGGAGCGGGAUCGUGAAAAUACCAGCUCAGAAAAAGAGAAGGGAGGCCAGGAGCAGGAGGGCUGACAGCAGGGGUCACAGGGGAAAUUCGUCGUAGAAUGAAACUGAGCUUUGUUUUCUUUUCACUUUUUGGAGACGACAGCCUUCAGCAGGGAGGUCCCAGCAGACCAGGAUGACUGGAUAACUGCCCAAACCUCAAGAAUACAUCCAAAAAGUAUUCAUUUUCUACUGUGAGUAUCUUCGGAAGACCAGUGUCCAAGGCAAUAACUUCAUACAAUGUUUAAAAACACAAACCUGUACAACGCAUUCUCAUGAACAGGUUUGUAUAUUGUACAAACACUUAUGCAAAACAAUUCGUAUAUCUUACGAAAUUAGUCACAUGACGACCUGUUGAGUUUACUGGUGGUUGAAUUUAGUUGAGAAAAGGUGGCCGUCAUGCAGCGGCGAGAGUUGAGUUUGAGUUGAGAUACCAAAAUGGCUGGUUAAGAUUAGAAAAAAGGGUUUGAAGUUUGGGUUAAAACGCCAGCCCCAUUAAGUGGUAGGCUACUCCCGGGACAAAAACACCCGUUUCCUGGGUGACAGUCUUGUGUUGUCCCUUAACUGCUUGAAAGCCCUGUGCUUUAUGACCCAACUAUCAACCCUAACCUUACUCCCUAUGCGGUUCUUCACUGUCCUAUACAGCUGUAGUCAUUGUGCUGCAUACAGAAAUAAAUACGUGGAAUACACACACAUUACAGAGCUUUACUUUUUGUAGCUAUACCUACGACUGGUUCAUGAGAACAGCCUGACUUCUCUUUAGUUUACAUUAUAAAUAGUAUACCAAAGUGAGUCUGGCUUCACACAACCUGUCUUUCCCCCCAUAGUUUCGGUUAUAACAUUGUACACAGUUAUUGAUAAAAUAAACGCAAUCGAAUAGUCAUAGUCGAACCAUUUUUCCAGUGCAACAUGGGAUUAUUACUGACACUUUGGCUGUAAACCUACAGUUUGGGGUAAUUGUGAAAGGGGUUUCCUCAUGUCCGUAAGCAAGCGUUUUGUGGCCCGGUACUGGCCCGCAGCCCAGGGGUUGGGAACCUUUGGAUUUAGGUAAACUGCUGCGUGUGUUUACAACUUGACUGACUUCUCUGUCGUAAUGUCACCAUGUUCCCAGGGGUCUGGUGGGUACAAUGUUGUCAUGACAAAUAGAAAAGGCGGUCCAGUAAGAUCCAAGUUGUAAUAAAAAUGGAGAUGUUGCUAAUUGAUGAGCGGAUCACUCUCUAAUAAGGCAUCGUUUAUAAAAAGGUUUAUACGCUGUAAUGAGGGGCUUCAACUAACUCUGCAUUAUCAAUUAAUCUGCAGUUUAUUUUCUAAAUGAAUCAAAUGUUUAUUCUAUAUAAAACAUCCCAAAUCUGUGAAAAUCAUUCAUUUAAAGCCCAAUGUGACGCCUUCAAAUGUUUUGCUUUGGAUCACAGUUCAAAACUCAAAGAUAUUUAAUAUGAUGAAGACUUUCUCACUUUUAAAUGAUCAAAAGUUUGACAUUCUUGCUUAAAAUUAUGACGAUGAUCAAAAUGGUUGACUCUUUAAUUUAUCGACUAAUCAUUGCAGCUCUAGUUGUAAUUAAUGGUUUUAUUAGUUAAGUCAUUAACGCUUUAUAGACCAGUUAUGAGUGAUUGAUUGGUUUUAAAACACCCUCUAUCAUGCAACAUCCUCUAUCCUUAAAUUAUUACUGUGUGUAGUCAUAGGCGUAAUUCGCAGGGGGGACAGGUGGGUUACAACCCCCCAUUAAUUAAAGGCCCUGUUUACAUGUCCAUGGUUAUUUUGACAAUCGGAGACACUUCCCUUUGUUUACACACAAACGAAAACGAGUCUUUCUAAAACCUCCGGGCCAGAGUGGAGAUUUUGGAAAUCUUUGUUUCCAUGUAAACUGAGACAAACGGAGGGUUAGGCAGUCGAGGAAGAGAAGAGAGAGGAAGUGAGUUGUUGCUGUUGUUGCUAUUUAGGGAAUUCUGAUUGGCUAACGUGGGCUUGAGCUUCUCGUUACACUGCCACCUAGAGGUCUGACAUGCACGGGUACAUGUAACCGAACACUUUUCUGAAAGCUGACAGCUGAGCACAAUGUUAUUUUUGAAACCGGAGAGGUUGAAAUGUCCGUUUCUGAAAAUAGCAGACCACGUGUACACGUAGUCUAAAACUGGCCAGUGCACCCCCAAAACCCAUUAUAAUUUCCUUAACCUAAAUAAAACAUUUGCACCAUAACUUGAUGCAGAAAAGGCACAAAUUGUUGCAGAAAUUAAGUGGUUGAUAAUUUCGAAAUUUCAUUUUUCUGAUCUAAUUCCCCCCCCCUCCCCCCUGCCCCCCCUCUAAUGUUGAACCCAAAGUUGCUUCCUUGUCUGUGGUUAUAAAUGCUAAUAAGUUGCAAUAAAUGGAUAUUAGAGCAGGAAGUCAAAUGGUUCAUGGGAGACGUCUACCUGAGGAACUAAAGCAGGCGCUGUUCUUAUUAACAACUUAUGUUGAUCUGUAACACAUCCGUCAAUAAAACUAUAGACUAAUAAAAUGGCAGACAAACAGUUAGGUUGUAAUCAUAUUUGCAUCAUAUUUAAUUCACUUGACACUUGUUUGUUUCUAAAUUGAAUUUUGCAGGACAAACACUAUAUAAUUUCUGAUAUAAAAUGACCAUGAUCGAUAUGAUCUGCAUCUCUUGAUUUCUGUCCCCAGUGACACGGCUCACUGUGGUGCUGCGAUUAGGAUUUCACUCUGUUCAAGCUUUACUAAACUGGAUUUUAAAAUGAAAAAUACAUGUGAAGAGAAACUUUUAUCUAUUGAAUACUAAACAGCCAAGAGGACGUUUUUAUGUGGACUGUAUUUUUAUUGAGCAUGUUAAGUAAAAUAACUUGUUUUAUGGAUAAAUAGCCUAUGUGGGUAAUGUAUAGUUGACUUUUUGUACAUUAAAGUGUUUGAGGAAAUAAAGUUUGAAGGAUUUGUGGAGUCUUGGGA